AUGCAGGAGGCGGCCCUCUACAAGAUCGACUUCACGCGAAGCCGAGGGAAGAUGCUCGUGGGUGCGGGGGUGCGUGAGGAGGCAGGCAGGCAGGUCGAAGAGCUGAUGUUCAGCAUGCAGCCGUUGCUGCUUCCCGGUGUCCUUGACGACGCCGACCGUGCGGCUGGCGAGGCAAACAGCAGUGCGGUUGGUAAACGUGAGGAAUAUCUUCAGCGUUUCCUGCAGCAAACGACAGUCCAUGGGCGUGGCGGAGGUGCAGCAAAAAGUGAUGGAUGCCUUUACGCGUCGCGAUGGGGGCAGUCACUCGCAAUACCGUUAAAGAAAAACAAAAACAAAAAAAAAGACGGAUUUCUUCAUACGUGGUGCGCACACCGCCUUUCACUCGCUCACUACAUUUUUUUUUUUUUUUGUAGGCAUCUGCGCUUUGGUGCUCGCUGCGGCGUAGCUUCCCAGGUGGGGAGGAAGGAGAGGCGUUUUCUGUAG